UGAGUUGAAUCAGCUUUCUUCAAUAAACCAGAGAAAGAAUAAUGGGCGUGAAAUUAGUCUGUCCAAUUCUCACGUACAGUUUCUUAGUAUUAAUGCCAAUCUUCCAAUUAGCAAAAGCACAAUCAUCUUACACAAAACUCAGUUGCAAAGAUUUCAAAUGUGGAAAUAUAGACAUUAUAUACCCAUUUGGAUUGAACAAAGAUUGUUAUAUGGACCAAAGAUUUGAGAUUUGGUGCAACAGAUCUGCCAAUCCUCCAAAAGCUAUCAUAACAAACAUCGAUAUGGAGGUCAUUGAAAUGUUUCCGGACAAUGUUUAUGUCAAAGGUCCGGUGAAGUCAAUAAAUUGUCCAGGCUUGGAACCCCAAUUGGAACCGGAGGUGGAUAGUACUAUCGAUUUGACAGGGAGUCCUUUCUUUUUCUCCGACAACAAUGUUUUUACUGCAAUGGGUUGCAACACACGCGCUUUAAUGACGGAUCACACGCCUCAACUUGUGGGUUGCGACUCUCAUUGCCCCGGCGGCCAGAAAGAUAUUGAUUGGCGGAAAACGUUCUCUGAACUUGUUGUACAGGCUAGCUAUUGGCCUGAAGAAAAAGACAGAUGGCUGAUAGAAAAAAAUUGUAAUGGUUCUAACUAUUGCUGUCAGAUAUACCUUCCUCCUUUCCUUCAGGUUUUUAAUCCAAGUUUACAGGCUGAGAAUGGUAAUCAAAGCCAAGAUGGGUGUAGGUUGGCAUUUUUGACAGACGGAACAGCACAACCUUUUCCAAAAGUAAAAGAACCACUUUCGCACGUUCCCAUGACGCUUUCUUGGAUUAUCGAUUCCCGUGACUGGGAAUAUAACUCUACCACCAUGUAUUGUACUGAAUGGAAAGAUAAAUAUUCCAGUCCAAAAUAUGUUCAAUGUACUUGCAAAGUUGGCUAUGAGGGGAGUGCUUACCUUGGAUGUACAGAUGUUGAUGAAUGCAAAGAAUCUAGGCAGUGUUGGGGAAUGACAAAAUGUGAGAAUACACCUGGCUCAUACAAAUGUGUGGUGGAUCCCAAGUGGAUUAUCAUUUUGAUCAUAGGUGGUGUCAUUGGGGUACUAGCAAUAUUAUUUGUUAUUUGGUGGGUGUACAAGUGCUUGAAGAAGAGAAAGAAGAUUGAACUCCGAAAAAAAUUCUUUAAAAGAAAUGGUGGUUUGUUGUUACAAAAACAGUUAUCUUCAAGUGAUGGUAGCCUUCAAAGUACAAAAAUAUUUAGUUCAAAAGAGUUGGCAAAGGCUACUGACGGUUUCAAUGAGAAUAGAAUACUUGGUCAAGGUGGUCAAGGCACAGUCUUUAAGGGAAUGCUUGUAGAUGGAAGGAUUAUAGCAGUGAAGAAGUCAAAAUUAGUAGAUGAGAAAAAACUACAAGAAUUUGUUAAUGAAGUUUUUAUUCUCUCCCAAAUUAAUCACAGAAAUGUCGUUAAGCUGUUAGGAUGCUGUUUGGAAACUGAAGUUCCUUUGUUAGUCUAUGAGUUCAUACCAAAUGGAUCUCUUUACAAUUAUCUUCAUGACAAGAAUGAAGAUGUUCCAUUUACAUGGGAAAUGAGAUUGAAGAUUGCUAGCGAAGUUGCUGGAGCGCUUGCUUAUUUGCAUUCUGCAGCUUCUAUUCCCAUUUAUCACAGGGAUAUCAAAUCUAUGAAUAUACUUUUGGAUGAGAAAUACAGAGCAAAAAUAUCGGAUUUUGGAACUUCGAGAUCUAUUUCCAUUGAUCAAACUCAUUUGACGACUCGUGUUCAAGGUACUUUUGGUUACUUAGAUCCUGAGUAUUAUCGAACGAAUCAAUUUACAGAGAAGAGUGAUGUUUACAGCUUUGGAGUCGUUCUUGUCGAGCUUUUAAGUGGAAAAAAGCCGAUAUUUUGUCCGAGUUCACAAUCAGCUGAAAUGGUGAGUUUAGUCGUACAUUUCAAUCUCCUGAUUGAAGAGAACAGACUAUUUGACAUGGUUGAUGCCUGUAUAAUGGAGCAUUGUUAUGAAGAAGAAGAAAUUGCAGCAGUUGCCAAUCUUGCAAAAAGAUGCUUAAAUUUAGAUGGAAAGAAACGACCUACUAUGAAAGAAGUUGCUAUGGAUUUAGAAGGGAUUCGAUCAUCGCGAAGCGAUCAUGUCCAAGAAAAUAAUGAAGAGCUUGAAGAUGUCCCUAAUGAAGUAACAGCCAUAUGGGAUUCUGAUAUCUCAACCUCUGAGUUCAACGAUACAAAAGCUAUGUCUUUAGAAGUUGUGCCUUUCACUGAAUACAAAUCUUGGUGAUUAAAAAGAUCUCUGAAAGCACAAUUUUCCGACAAGUGGUCAACAAAUUAUGUGGGUUGUUAAUAUCAGUCUUAAUAUUAGAAACUCAACAACAUGUAUCAGAGUAUUACGCAGUGUUUAUGAUAUUACUUAUUAGUGAUGUUCUUCA